AUGCUGGGAAAGAUCGUCCUCGAAGAAGCCUUCGCGCUUCCCCGCUUCGAAGAAAAGACAAGAUGGUGGGCGGGUCUCUUCGCCACGGAUAUCGAAAAACAUGUCGCCGAAAUCACAGAUGUCGACUCCAUCCGUCUGAACUUUGCCGAGCGCUACGGCGUCGGUCUCCAAAUCCUUUCAUAUACCGCGCCAGGUGUGCAGGAUAUUUGGGAUCCAAAGGAUGCGCAGGCACUAGCUGUGGAGAUAAACGAUUAUAUCGCCGAGAAGGUCCAAGCUAAGCCGGACCGAUUCGCUGCAUUCGCAACUCUGUCCAUGCAUGACCCCAAAGAAGCGGCGCAGGAACUUCGUCGCUGCGUGACAAAGUACGGUUUCCUCGGUGCGCUUGUGAAUGACACCCAGCGCGCCGGACCAGACGGGGACGAUAUGAUCUUCUACGACAACGAGAAGUGGGAUCCCUUCUGGCAGACAUGCAUAGAGCUAGACGUGCCCUUGUACCUCCAUCCCCGAAACCCAACAGGUACAAUCUACGACAAACUCUGGGCAGACCGAAAAUGGCUCGUUGGCCCUCCACUCUCAUUUGCGCAGGGCGUAAGUCUCCACGUACUAGGAAUGGUAACGAACGGCGUCUUCGACCGAAACCCAAAACUGCAGGUGAUACUCGGCCACCUGGGCGAGCACAUCCCCUUCGACAUGUGGCGUAUAAAUCACUGGUUCGAAGACCGGAAGAAACUGCUUGGGCUGCGAGAGACGUGCAAGAAGACUAUCCGUGAGUAUUUUGCGCAGAAUCUUUGGAUUACUACUUCUGGUCACUUUUCUACUACUACGUUGAACUUUUGUAUGGCUGAGGUUGGGUCUGAUCGGAUUUUGUUCUCGAUUGAUUAUCCGUUCGAGACGUUCGAGGAUGGGUGUGUUUGGUUUGAUCGGGCCGAGAUGUCUGAUACUGAUCGGGCGAAGAUUGGGAGGGAGAAUGCUAAGAAAUUGUUCAAGUUGGGGGCUUAUAAGGAUAGUACUGCUUGA